AUGGUCAUUAAGGCUCUCAGUGUUCUGCUUCUGGUGACAUGUGCUGCGACAAUCAGAGUACCUAUUUCAUUAAGAAACUUCAAUGAACACCAAAAUACCUUCCAGCACUUCCAUCAAGAUAGCUCAUCUCUAGUCAGCUCCUCGGUAUAUCCUGGCCAAUUACAACAUCAACAACCUGUGCAGCACCUAUUUUUCCAACAGCAACCAUUCCAACAGAGUCCUGUUGUACAAAAUCCAGUUCAUCAUCUUCCUUCAGUACGUCUCAGCCUUCUACAACAGCCGAUAAAGUCAUCUAACUCCAGGGAUGUGCCUGUGGAACAACAAAUACAGUCCAUCCAGCGUUUCAACCAUCAGACAUCCCCAAUUCCACGAUUGCACACACAAGCAUCUGGACUAUACACACAAACCCCAAAAGUGAAUCUUCAACAACUAGACAUACACGCACCUGCAUUUCAUAGCAUCAACUUCCAACAAGUUCCACAGCUACAGCAUACGAGACAGUUUUCCCCAAGUAGUCUCAACACACAAGCCCCAAAAGUGAAUCUACAACAACUGGACAUACAAGCACCUGCAUCACAUAGCAUCAACUUCCAACAAGUUCCACAGCUGCAGCAAACAGGGCAGUUUUCCCCGAGUAGUCUCAACAUACAAGCCCUGCAUUUGCAAACUCCUCAAGUACGAUUGCAACACUCCAACGUACUACCCUCACAAGCCCAACAUGGGUACUCGCAAGGGCUGAACAUUUAUGCUCCAUCUUCAACAGGACAUUCUCAGUCACAUUAUUCUCCAUCUUUCGUACAGCAGACUGCAGUACCAUCAGGACAAUCGCAAAGUUAUGGAUCAAGUUCAAGGUCAGCGAGUUCAGUGGGCAACCAAUAUGCCCCAAGGUCAAACGGCAUUCAACAUGAGGAAGAGCAAGCUCAUCCAGUAUACAAUUUCUCUUAUGGGGUAGAAGACCACCACACUGGUGACAUUCACUCACAAAAGGAAUCACGUGAUGGAGACCAUACACAGGGUGAAUACUCUAUCGUGGAGCAUGAUGGUUCUGUUAGAAUUGUCAGAUAUUCCGUCAAGGGAAACAGUGGGUUCAACGCUGUGGUUGAGAGGUCCGGUCAAAAGAGCAGCCAUAGUGCCCCAAGAUAA